GAGGAGAGAGAGAGAGAGAGAGAGAGAGAGAGAGAGAGAGAGAGAGAGAGAGAGCGAGCGAGCGAUAGAGGCUGCGAGUGUUUAGAGGCAGCCUUUUGCAUUAAAAGGAUAAACCAAAAAAGAAGACAAUACCAAACCCUCCAAUAAGUCCCUGGGACCUGCAGCCUUUGGGCCAUGUGAACGAAAGAGAAAGACUCGACAUUUUUCACCGUGUUGGACGCCCGUCGUGCUACUGAACAUCUGUAGAGCAGAAUGAGGGCAUCCGCUAUUCUCUAGUGCGUUUUCUAUCUGGGAGCUUUAAUUGAGAACCACGGUGACAUCGUCUAUAAAGACGCGGUUUUGAAUUCUUUUUUUUAUUGGAAAACCUCCACUAAGGAAGCGAAAGACAGUGAGGACCUUCGGCGGAAUCCCUCUCCGCGCGUCCCUUGGGGACUGUGAAGUCAUUCGAGAAGUCACCGUCUUUUGGUCAAAGCGAUAUUAGUGUCUGUCUCAGGCUUCUUGAGGACAUUUAUCCGUGUAUUUGGCGUAUGUACGUGAGUACAUCCGUACUUGUAUCUGACUUGUAUCUGUGAGGACAUCCAUACUUGUGUGUGACUUGUAUGUGUGAGGAGAGCUGCCUUUUCCUUCCAACGACGCGCAACUCAACCCCUGUUUCGUCUCAGCCUGGUUCAUGCUUUUGUCUUUUUGACCACUUUGUUUCAAACCCACCCACCUUCUUGGGCUUUCUCCCCCCGCGGAAGAAUGCCGGAUCAAAUAUCGGUGUCGGAGUUUCUCUCCGAGACCACCGAGGAUUACAACUCUCCGACCACGUCCAGCUUCACCACCCGGCUCCAGAACUGCAGGAACACCGUCAACGUGUUGGAGGAGGCGUUGGACCAGGACAGGAUCUCCCUGCAGAAGGUGAAGAAGUCUGUGAAGGCCAUCUGCAGCUCUGGACAAGACCACGUGCAGAAUGAGGAGAACUACGCCCAUGCUCUGGAUCGGUUUGGCGGUAACUUCAUCAGCCGGGACAACCCUGACCUGGGAACGGCCUUCGUCAAGUUCUCCUCCCUCACAAAGGAGCUGUCGGCUCUGCUCAAGAACCUGCUCCAGAGUCUGAGUCAUAAUGUGAUCUUCACCCUGGACUCUCUGCUGAAGGGGGAUCUGAAAGGAGUCAAAGGGGACAUCAAGAAGCCGUUCGACAAGGCUUGGAAGGACUAUGAGGCCAAGUUCACCAAGAUAGAGAAAGAGAAGAGGGAACACGCUAAGCAGCAUGGGAUGAUCCGGACAGAGAUCACCGGAGCAGAGAUCGCUGAGGAGAUGGAGAAGGAGAGGAGACUGUUCCAGCUGCAGAUGUGUGAGUACCUGAUCAAGGUGAAUGAGAUCAAGACAAAGAAGGGAGUUGACCUGCUGCAGAACCUCAUCAAGUACUACCACGCUCAGUGCAAUUUCUUCCAGGAUGGUCUGAAGACGGCCGACCGGUUGAAGCAGUACAUAGAGAAGCUGGCUGCUGAUCUCUACAACAUCAAACAGACUCAGGAUGAGGAGAAGAAGCAGCUCACGGCCCUCAGGGAUCUCAUCAAGUCCUCUCUCCAGCUGGACCAGAAGGAGUCUAGAAGAGACUCCCAGAGUAAGCAGGGGGGCUACAGUAUGCACCAGCUCCAGGGAAACAAGGAGUUUGGAUGUGAGAAGAAGGGAUACCUGAUGAAGAAGAGUGACGGGCUGAGGAAGGUGUGGCAGAGGAGACAGUGCUCAGUGAAGGGGGGCAUCCUCACCAUCGCCCACGGCACUUCAAACCGGCAGCCCGUCAAACUGAACCUGCUCACCUGCCAGGUGAAACCUAGCGCUGAGGACAGGAAGUGCUUUGAUCUAAUUUCCCACAACCGGACGUACCACUUCCAGGCGGAGGACGAGCAGGAGUUUGUCAUCUGGGUGUCUGUGCUGACCAACAGUAAGGAGGAGGCCCUCAACAUGGCGUUCCGCGGGGAGCAGAGCAGCGCCGGGGAGGGGGGGGGGCUGGAGGACCUCACCAAGGCCAUCAUCGAGGACGUCCUGCGGAUGCCCGGGAACCACACCUGCUGCGACUGUGGAGCGGCCGACCCCAAGUGGCUGUCCACUAACCUGGGCAUCCUGACCUGCAUCGAGUGCUCCGGGAUCCACCGGGAGAUGGGCGUCCACAUCUCCCGCAUCCAGUCCAUGGAGCUGGACAAGCUGGGCACCUCCGAGCUGCUGCUUGCUAAGAACAUCGGGAACAGUAGUUUCAACGAGAUCAUGGAGGGGAACCUGACAUCCCCCUCCCCCAAGCCCACCCCCUCCAGCGACAUGACAGCUAGGAAGGAGUUCAUCAACUCUAAGUACGUGGACCACCGCUUCGCCCGGAAGACGUGUUCGUCGGCCCUGGCCAAGAUGGUGGACCUGUGUGAGGCGGUGCAGUCCAGGGACCUACUGGCUCUGGUCCAGGUCUACGCCGAGGGGGUGGAGCUUAUGGAGCCCCUCCCAGAGGCGGGACCGGAGUCCGGGGAGACGGCGCUGCACUUCUCAGUGCGCACAGCGGACCACACCUCCCUGCACCUGGUCGACUUCCUGGUCCAGAACAGCGGUAACCUAGACAAGCAGACCGAGUUCGGGAACACAGCGCUGCACUACUGCUGCAUGUACCAGAAACAUGAAUGUCUCAAACUACUGCUGAGAGGGAAACCCACUACAGACAUCACCAAUCAGAAUGGGGAAACGGCCCUGGAUGUUGCUAGGCGACUGCGGAACGCUCCGUGCGAGGAGGCGCUGGUGCAGGCUGCCGAGGGGAAGUUCAACCCCCACAUCCAUGUGGAGUAUGAGUGGAGCCUCCGUUUGGAGGAGAUGGACGAGAGCGAUGAUGACCUGGAGGACAAGCCCAGCCCCAUCAAGAAGGACCGCUCCCCGCGGCCCCAGAGCUUCUGCCACUCCUCCAGCCUCUCCCCCCAUGACAAGCUGUCCCUGCCGGGCUUCCUCAGCCACCGCGACAAGCAGCAGCGGCUGUCCUACAGCGCCUUCUCCAACCAGGUGUACAGCACCUCCACCGACCUCAGCUCCUCCUGCUCCCCCGUGGACGGACCCCCGCUGCCCCCCAGGAACCAGGGCAAAGCUCCACACUUGGCUUUCCUUGGCUCUCACUCGCACUACGCCACUCUGGCUGGCUCUCGACCGUACAUCACUCUCACCUCAUCCGGCCCCCCCUCCACCACCCCCUUCACCCCCGGGGCCAGCGCCACCCUGUCUAAGAAGAGGCCUCCGCCCCCUCCCCCUGGACACAAGCGCACCCUGUCCGACCCCCCCAGCUCCCUGUCCCACGGCUCCCUCAGCAGGGGGGCCCUCUCUGGGGGAAGUGACUCUACCCCUCCGCCGAUGAACAAGAUGUCGCCGAUCUCUAACAAGUUUGAAGGAAUUCCACAGCCGCAAAGCUCCACUGCAGCUAACACCAAGUCUACUCUUGGACCAAGAGUUCUCCCUAAACUACCUCAGAAAGUGGCACUGAGGAAGAUAGACACCAUCCAUCCAUCGAUGGACAAGCCCAGCCUGCCCCCAGAGGUCUUCUGCCACCUGAAGUCCCCGUCAGGAGCUGACACCCCCCAGAGGACCGUUCCCCUAGAGCGGCCUCAUCCCGGGGACCUGCCCCCCAAGCCCCAGCCCUCUGACCUUCCCCCCAAACCUGGUGAACUGCCCCCCAAGCCGCAGCUGUCUGACCUGCCUCCCAAGCCACAGCUCUCUGACCUCCCCCGGAAGCCCCAGCUGAAGGAUCUGCCCCCCAAACCUGUGACAGCUGAGCCUGCGACAAGAGCCCCACCCGGGGAUCCCUCUCCAAAGCCCCAACCUUCAUCUCAGCCUCACUUCCAACCUCCGUCUCAGUCUCCAUCUCAGCCUCCUCCUCAGCCUCCAUCUCAACCUCCGUCUCAGUCUCCAUCUCAGCCUCCUCCACAGCCUCCAUCUCAACCUCAACCUCCGUCUCAGCCGCAGUCUCAACCUUCAUCUCAGCCUCUAUCUCAGCCUCCAGCUCAACCUCCGUCUCAGCCUCAUACUCCGUCUCAACCUCCAUUCCAACCCCAACAUCAACCCCCCUCUCAGCCUCAAAUCCAACCCCAGAUUCAGCCUCCAUCUCAACCACAGCCUUCCCCACAACCUUCCCCCCAACCUUCCCCACAACCCUCUCCACAAUCCCAACUCCAACCCCUUGACCCUCCGUCACCCAAUCAGCAUGCCGAUGGGGUCAGCCUGUCUUCCCAGCAGUCCAGUGAGGAGACCAAUGGGAGCCCAGCAGGAGGCGCCGAGACGCCCGUGCCUCUGCCUCGAAAGAUCAACACGGGGAAGAGUAAAGGGCGCAGGGUGAAGACCAUCUACGACUGCCAGGCGGAUAACGACGACGAGUUGACCUUUGUGGAGGGAGAGGUCAUCAUCGUCACUGGAGAGGAGGACCAGGAGUGGUGGAUCGGGCACAUCGAGGGUUUCCCGGACAGGAAGGGCGUGUUCCCGAUGUCCUUCGUCCACAUCCUGAGUGACUGACCGCCAUCCCCCCUCUCUGUGAGCCCCGAGCGAGGGGCACAGAGAGGGGCCCCCUGGGGUGCGGUGACUAGCUAGCACCCCUCCCUCCCCAGCGGUGACGGGGGCUGUAUAAAGAAUGCAUGUGUUUUCUUUUUCUCUACCAGUAUUAUAUCUCUAUAGCACGGCCCCCACCAGGCCACUCUCAAACCCUUAGCACUUACCUGAAGUCUACGUUUAUGCUGUUACCGUGUAUAUAUGUAUGUAAAUAUAUAUAUAUUUGUGUGUGUGAGUGUACAUACAUGUUUUAAUGUACAAAACGUGUACACGUUAACAUGGCCCUCGGCCUGUACGGGCAGAGGAGCACUAGUUUUAUUCAUAUUAAGUUCUACCGACCUAUUGAGUCAACCACUCUCCCUGAACGGGAACGGAGCAGGGACUGGGCCGUGAGGUAGGUCACGUGACCCCGCGCGUCUCUCCCGCGUUCAGAUUAAAUGUACUCCCUUGUCCAGCUUGCUUUGUGUGUACAUGUUUUACAGUGAGUGAAGGUACCUGCUGCUACUGUCUAUACACCAAGGCUUGUGGUACCAGUGAUUUCAACCCAUAUGAAGUUAACUCGGCUCACGUCCACAGGCGCUCCUUCUCUAACCACUAGUGCAAGGAGGAGUCCUGCAGUGAUCAUGUGGGACACCUCAGCAAUAUCCAGUUAGCAGCCUUCAAACAGCUCGUGUAGUUCUAGUCUUCACAAUGGGUGACUAUCAUGAGCACCAGCGCGUUCUCAUGAGUUUGUAUCGUGUCCUACCAUUCCCCCCCCCCCCCCCCCCAGUAUUGAUAGCUGGUCCUACACCACUAGAUGUUUAGUAGACCUGGUAUGACAUUGCCCCAUGCAGUUCUAAUGUACACAACCAUUUCAAAUCAUUAAAGUGCUGUACCCAAGUG